AUGCGCCAAUCAAUUGUUUAUCGUUUUUUAUGUCUUUGGGGGCUUGUUGAGAGCAUUGAUUUAUCCUCUAAACGCGGGCUCGCAUAUCAUGGAGACGAGCAUGAGUCAGAUAACAACCUCUUGACCUCGAAUAACUCAGAAAUCGCGUGGUACUACACCUGGUCUCUAUGGCCAUCUGCACAAAUUGGAGACUCUUUACCUUUUGUUCCACUGAUCCACGGCCUCGACGAUGCAUCAGAUUCAGAACUUGGGAAACGCCUGAACAACCUUCCCGACUCUUCAACACAUCUUCUCACAUUCAAUGAGCCAGACGGCGAAACAGACACAGGCGGGAGUUCGAUAUCCGCCAAAGACGCAGCUGCCGCAUAUAUGAAGCACAUUGUUCCUCUGAGGGACUCAAAACGCAAAUGGUCUAUAAGCCACCCCAGCGUUACCGGAUCACCAAGAGGACUCGAUUGGCUACGGGAUUUUAACGAAUCCUGCUACGAUAUCGACGACGGUGGCUGCCCAACAGAUUUUGUCGCUGUGCAUUGGUACGGCGACGCAGUUGGUCUGGAAAACUGGCUCGGCAGCUUGCGCGAGUUCUACAACGAGACUGCGCCUGAUGCGCCAUUCUGGAUCACGGAGAUGGCUCUUCCAAAAGAAGAUGAAGAGGCGACAUUCAAGAUGAUGAACGAGACUCUCCCAAGUCUGGACGACAACAAAGAGGUUCAGGCGUAUGCGUGGUUCGGCGCGUUUAGAACGAACGAUGCCAAUGAGUGGACGGGAAAGAGUGUGUCUCUUUUUGAUGGCGAUGGUGGUUUGACAAAGCUUGGCGCCGAGUAUCUGGGCGGUGAAGAGAAGGGAUUCGAGGAGGGUAUGUCGAAGGGAAACUUGCAGACACCUUCCAAGUGUGCUCUGUUAGUUGCGAUAGUUGUCUCAGCGGUUUAUUUGUGGUGA